AGGUCAAGCAGUAGAAUGGUUACAAGUCUUAUCCUGGCUAUCCACUUUGUAUACAAUACACUUGGGAAGACAAAAGCAGUCAAAAGACUGUAGAAUUUUUGGAAGUAGAAAUUCAGAAUUUCCAAAGCAGCUGCUCUCUUCCUUCACUUUCACUACUGAACCAACCCCACUGCUUAAUCAACCCAUACAGAUGCUGGCCAAAAACCCAACUCACCCUUUGUCCAUAUACUCUCUCUCUCUCUCUCUCUCUCUCUCCACCAUUUUUAGUGGCCAGCAAGCAAAAAAAAAGCUAACAAUGUAAUGAUCAUAACAAGAAAACAAGAAAUGCUACAAAUCUUGAUGCCCCACACUACCCAUAUGCUCUCAUGCCUUCCGCCGACGAACAACAUAUAUCACCCCUCCUCCCACAGCUUCAUUCGAUACUGCUUUUUCUUCAACCAUCCCCUUCUUCAUUCUAAAUUGACCCAUAAUGUAUUCACAGACUUGGAAAUCCAUGGCAAUGGCUGUGGUAGUGCUACUUCAGCUUAUGACAGCUGAGUCCUCAUUGUCUCUGGCAGAUAGGAUUACUAUGUUGCCUGGACAACCCCUUGUGUGGUUCCAACAGUUUUCAGGCUACGUCACUGUUGAUGACAAGAAGCAAAAAUCUCUCUUCUACUACUUUGUUGAGGCAGAAGUUGAUCCUGUCUCAAAGCCUUUGGUUCUUUGGUUGAAUGGAGGGCCUGGGUGCUCUUCUUUGGGAGUGGGGGCAUUCUCUGAAAAUGGACCAUUUAGACCAAAUGGGCUAGUUCUAGUUAGAAAUGAGUAUAGCUGGAAUAAAGAAGCAAAUAUGUUGUACUUAGAGACACCGGUGGGAGUGGGUUUCUCGUAUGCAACUGAUUCCUCCUCCUAUGAGGCAAUUAAUGAUGAAGUAACUGCCAGGGAUAAUCUUGUGUUUUUGCAAAGAUGGUUGCUUAAGUUCCCCCAAUACUCUCAUAGGGAUUUUUUCAUUACAGGAGAAAGCUAUGCAGGUCAUUACAUUCCUCAACUCGCGAAACUCAUGAUUGAAUUCAAUCAAAAGGAAAAAUUGUUCAAUUUGAAAGGAGUUGCUUUGGGUAAUCCGGUUCUUGAAUUCGCAACGGACUUCAAUUCAAGGGCUGAGUUUUUCUGGUCUCAUGGGUUAAUAUCAGAUUCAACAUACAAAUUGUUCACUUCUGCCUGUAACUACUCUCGCUAUGUGAGCGAGUAUUACAGAAGCUCACUUUCACCUGUCUGUUCCAAAGUAUAUGGCCAAGUGACUAGGGAAACCAGUAGAUUUGUGGACAACUAUGAUGUCACACUCGAUGUCUGCAUUCCAUCCGUUCUGUCGCAGUCCAAGUUUAUUAGUCCUCCACAAGUUGGUGGUCAGAGGAUUGAUGUAUGCAUAGAUGAUGAAACUGCAAAUUAUUUAAACAGGCAAGAUGUGCAGUCAGCAUUUCAUGCCCGGCUCGUUGGAGUACGCAGAUGGGAUGUUUGCAAUGACAUUUUGGAUUAUGAGCAGCUAGAUGUGGAGAUACCUACCAUCUCUUUGGUUGGAUACCUUAUUAAGUCAGGCAUUCGAGUCUUGGUUUACAGUGGUGAUCAAGAUUCUGUCAUUCCACUCACCGGGAGCCGCACCUUGGUUCGUGGCCUGGCAAAUCAAUUGGGAUUGAACUCGACUGUACCAUAUAGAGUUUGGUUUGGUGGACAACAGGUUGGUGGAUGGACUCAAGUUUAUGGGAAUAUCCUCUCUUUUGCCACCAUUAGAGGGGCUUCCCAUGAAGCUCCUUUCUCACAGCCAGAGAGAUCACUUGUGCUAUUCAAGUCCUUUUUACAAGGCAUGCCUCUACCGGAAAUGUUCUAACGCCUUCCUGUUUGAUUCCGCUAUCUUCAGACUGUGAAUUCCCUGUUUGUCAAAGUAGAAUUCUAUUUGGAAAGAAAAGCAAAAAAAAAAUAGUGCAUGCAAUUUUUUGGUUUCAUUGAUGUAAAUAAAUACUGUCUGGAUUGGGAAUUUUCUUUUAAAUACAUUCAGAAAAGAACAGCUACGCCUUUCAUCA